UCCUACCAGAAUAGACAUUUAAAUGAUACAACAAGUCAGAAUAUUGCAGGAGUGCAAUGUGGCAAAGCUGAUAGAACUAUUUCCUCAGUCUCUUUUGAGAAGAAUGGCCAUCAUGAUGUAAGCCUUUACCUGGAAGAUUUUGCAGAUUUAGAAAAAGUCAAUGAAGAGAUCAUUUGGAGACUGUGAAAACCUACUGUUGUGACAAAAUUUGUUAUUUUAUCAAUAUUAAUAGUAACCAUCAUUUUAAUUUCAUAUUUAGAUGGCAAAUUGGAAGGCCUUCCCCAUAUGAAAGGGUAGCAAAGGGUGAAGGGGGGGGGGGGGAGGGGUCUAGAUCCCAUUUCAUGUACAAAUUUUAAGAUAAUUUAUGACAUGCUAUAAACAGUAUAUAAUCUCAAAAUUUUAAAAGUUGAAACUUCAAACCUUACUAUACCUUGGCUUUCUGUAAAAUUCACACAUCUCCAAUAAGUAUUAGGCUUAAUCAUGCAGUACAUAAAAACCCUCCGCCACCCUCAUAAAAGCUAAAGUGGAAUUCAUUCUCAGAGAGAAAAUGUAUCUUCAGAUUAUACUUUAAGCUAUACUUGUCAUCUCCUUUUCCAUCAUUCUCAAUUUUUUUUUGUUUUCAGAUAUUAAGCUAUGAAAUAUGUCACGUGCUUGGAAUGGCUCACUGUUCAUAUUUUGCUUAUGCCAUGAAUGAGAGUAAAUCAGUCAUUCAAGCAGAAAAUCAACCUUUAUUUCUUUGUCCGGUUUGUUUGCAUAAACCACAAAAAGCUUUUGGCUCAGAUGUUGUGGAAAGGUACACUGGGUUAUGUAUCCUUCUGGACUAA